ACGUAAAAAGAGACGAGAAAUGUAUGUGACGUAUACGAGACGAUAUAUAGAGAAAAAAAUUACUCGUAGCGUGUGAGAAAGUGCUUUGUUAAGUCGACCCUUCUAAUACGAAAUACGUAGAUCGCGUUAUUAACGGGCGAAAUAAAUAACAGACGAUAUCUAUCUGUUUUCUCACGUUAGUAAACGGCACGUCUCUGACAAGAGAAUGGCGAGUUGACCUGUCACGAAGAGAAUGGAAUGUUGUAUGCAACGGUACGUUUUAACGUUUUCAGAGUAUCUAAAUAUAAAAUUGAGCCAAUCGAUGCUAUAUAUAUUCAAAGUAUAAGAUGGCAGAUGUUGACCCUGAAACUUUGUUGGAAUGGCUCAGUAUGGGUCAAGGAGAUGAAAGGGACAUGCAGUUAAUUGCAUUAGAACAACUAUGCAUGCUGUUACUCAUGUCCGAUAAUGUUGAUCGCUGCUUUGAAUGUUGCCCUCCACGCACAUUUCUCCCAGCACUUUGCAGAAUUUUCUUGGAUGAAUUAGUACCAGACAGUGUGCUAGAAGUGACUGCUCGAGCUAUUACAUAUUAUUUAGAUGUUUCUGCAGAAUGUACUCGCAGAGUAGUAGCUAUGGAAGGUGCAGUGAAGGCUAUCUGCAGUCGACUGUCUGGUGCCGGACUCGGCUCCAGAGCCAGUCGGGAUUUGGCAGAACAAUGUAUAAAGGUGUUGGAACUUGUAUGCGCGAGAGAAGCGGGUGCUGUGUUCGAAGCUGGAGGUUUACCCUGCGCAUUGUGCUUCAUCCGAGAACACGGAGCGCGAGUACAUCGAGAUACCUUGCAUUCGGCGAUGGCAGUCGUUACGCGACUGUGCGGCAAAGUUGAACCACAGGAUAAAGCUUUGCCCGAUUGUGUCGAGGCUCUGUCAGUGUUACUCAGACACGAGGAUGCGCAUGUUGCAGACGGAGCGCUUCGUUGCUUUGCGUCACUGGCGGAUAGAUUUUCCAGAAGGGGCACAGAUCCUGCGCCAUUAGCAUCUCAUGGAUUAGUUUCUGAACUUUUAUAUCGAUUGUCAAAUGCAGCUGGACCUGGCACAUCCACUACGGCGGCUUGCAGCAAUCCAAAAACGCCACCGCCAUCCAGCACCAUAAGCACAGUUCCAGUUCCGGAACCAAAAUCCUGUGCUUCUGUUUCGACUAUAAUUAGCCUUUUGUCGACACUCUGUAGAGGAUCGCCGUCAAUUACACAUGAUCUUUUACGUUCGGAAUUACCGGAUGCGAUAGAAAAGGCACUAAAGGGAGACGAACGAUGCGCUCUCGAUUCUAUGAGGUUGAUAGAUCUUCUAUUAGUCUUAUUGUUUGAGGGUAGAUUAGCAUUGGGUCGUAGCACUACCAGUGGUCCAUCCGGUCCUUUGUUACCGAGAUUGAGACGUUUAGAUAGCGCCGGAGAGAAAUCGCAUAGACAAUUAAUCGAUUGCAUACGCUCUAAAGAUACGGAUGCUUUGAUCGAGGCGAUCGAUACAGGUGGGAUUGAAGUAAACUUUAUGGACGACGUUGGGCAAACUUUACUCAAUUGGGCCUCAGCGUUUGGUACGCAAGAGAUGGUCGAAUUCUUGUGCGAUAGAGGAGCAGACGUUAAUAAAGGCCAGCGAUCGUCGAGUCUACAUUAUGCGGCUUGUUUUGGAAGACCAGCUAUUGCCAAAGUUUUACUUAGACAUGGUGCUAAUCCUGAUUUACGAGACGAAGAUGGUAAAACACCUUUGGAUAAAGCCAGAGAACGCGUCGACGAAGGACACAGAGAGGUUGCAGCCAUUUUACAGUCGCCCGGAGAAUGGAUGUUACCUCCGAGUCAAGAGCAUAGAAAACUUGAGACAGAAAUAGAAGAAUUCACAGAACCUAAAGGAGAUCCUGAAAUGGCACCUGUUUAUCUAAAGAGAUUAUUGCCAGUGUUUUGUGCGACCUUUCAGUCGACAAUGUUACCGAGUGUUAGAAAAGCGAGUUUAAGUUUGAUUAGAAAAAUGGUGCAUUACAUCCAACCAGAAUUGCUUAUAGAAACCUGUAGAUCUGAUAAAACCGGAGGAUGUGGAGCUAUGCUUGUAGAAGUAAUUGCCAACGUUUUAGAUAAUGAGGAGGAUGAAGACGGUCAUUUAGUCGUCCUGCAAAUGAUACAGGAUUUGAUGAUUAAAGGCAAAGAUGAAUUCUUAGAACAUUUCGCGCGUUUAGGAGUAUUUUCCAAAGUCGCCGCUCUAGCCGGACCGCAAGAGGCUACACCCGAACCGGAAGCGGAGUCAAAUCAAUCCGGGGACGAUCAGAGAAUGGAGGACGCGAAAGAAUUGUUGAUAGGUAGAGCUUAUCAUUGGAGAGACUGGUGUAUAUGCAGAGGACGCGAUUGUUUGUACAUUUGGUCCGACGCGGCAGCUUUAGAACUAUCGAACGGGAGCAACGGAUGGUUCAGAUUUAUCCUCGACGGCAAACUGGCGACUAUGUAUUCCAGCGGAAGUCCGGAAGGUGGAACGGAUACAUCGGGAAAAGGAAGAAACACAGAGUCACUUACUACUGAAGAAAACCGUGGUGAAUUUCUGGAAAAACUGCAAAGGGCCCGUAGUCAGUUAAAAGUAAACUUUGUAAGUCAGCCUGUGCUCUCUCGGCCUGGUACGACGCGUUUGGUUGUAGGAAAUUGGGCAUUGUCCAGUAGAAAAGAGAGCGAGUUGUGUAUACACAAUAGCGAUGGUCAACAACAGGCGACCAUUUUGAGGGAAGACUUGCCAGGUUUUAUUUUUGAAUCUAACAGAGGUACCAAGCAUUCUUUCACGGCCGAAACCAGUUUAGGUCCAGAAUUUGCAGCAGGUUGGACUGGUAAGAGAGGGAAGAGAUUGAGAUCUAAGAUUGAAGCGAUUAAGCAAAAGGUCAAGGUGCAAGCGCAGGAAAUAUACGAACGUUAUUUCAAAGUGGCUCAAGCUCAACCACGCGGUGUAGUCGCUAAACUUGGUGCUAUUGUUAGUCAAAUAGAGAAAGCGUCUCAGAAACAACAAUCUGGAAAUCGCGAAUGGCGUAACGUGUUGCAGUCCGCCUUGGAGCAACUUAAAUUAUUAUUGAACGAGGAAGGUCGAGUGUCGGCAUACGAAUUACACUCCAGCGGUCUUGUUCAAGCGUUAUUAGCUCUAUUGGCCGCACCUCCUGGACCCUCGCCACCAACAUUGAGGGCGACUAAACUCAGAAUGCAGAGAAUAACUGUAUUCAAUACCUGUUUUCAAACAAAAGACACGAAUAAGGAGCACAAUUCCGCUAAAAUCUUAGUUCACAAGUUGGUCGCAGUGCUAGAAUCCAUAGAAAAAUUACCGGUGUAUCUGUAUGACACACCUGGAUCGGGUUACGGUUUACAGAUUUUGACGAGAAGAUUGCGGUUCCGACUGGAAAAGGCCUCCGGCGAAAGCGCAUUGAUAGAUCGAUCCGGUCGUAGCUUAAAGAUGGAACCGUUGAGCACGAUACAGCAGCUGGAGAAUCAUUUAUUGAAGAUGGUAGCUAAGCAGUGGCACGAUCACGAUAGAUCCACGUUCACGUUCGUGAAGAAAUUGAAGGAGGAGAAUAAAAUAGUGUUCAAGUAUCAGCACGACUUCGACGAGAACGGCUUGCUCUAUUGGGUCGGUACAAAUGCUAAAACCUGUUCUGAAUGGGUAAACCCGGGUCAGUACGGUUUGGUCGUCAUCACAUCGAGCGAUGGGAGAAACCUGCCGUACGGCCACCUCGAGGAUAUUCUCAGUCGCGAUCCAUCGGCCCUGAAUUGUCACACCAACGACGAUAAACGCGCCUGGUUUUCGAUCGAUCUUGGAGUUUGGAUUAUUCCCAACGCUUAUACCCUGAGACACGCGAGGGGAUACGGUAGAAGUGCUUUGAGGAACUGGAUGUUUCAGGCGUCGAAGGACGGCGUUACGUGGAUAACGUUGUACGCUCACGUAGAUGAUUGUUCCUUGAACGAACCGGGUAGCACGGCUACCUGGACCCUGGAACCACCGAGCGAAGAGACGCAAGGCUGGCGGCAUUUGCGUUUACAGCAAAUCGGAAAGAACGCAUCUGGGCAAACGCAUUAUCUAUCCGUAUCCGGCUUCGAGGUUUAUGGAGAAGUUACCGGGGUGUGCGAGGAUUUGGGCCGUGCAGCCAAGGAAGCCGAGGCCGGUGUACGGAAGCAAAGAAGAUUCAUUAAAACCCAAGUUCUCAAACAUUUAGUCGCGGGAGUGCGAGUGGCUAGAGGCUUAGACUGGAAGUGGAGAGAUCAAGAUGGUGUACCACCAGGUGAAGGUACAGUUACGGGAGAAUUGCACAACGGAUGGAUAGAUGUAACCUGGGAUCACGGUGGAUCAAAUUCCUAUAGAAUGGGUGCGGAAGGGAAGUAUGAUCUCAGAUUAGUCGGCACCAGUCUUGAGGCAGACAGUACAGUGAAAUGUAAAAGUGGAAGUGGAGUUUUAACUGGUCGGAAGUCCAAUAGCACUCCUAGUUUACCCGAUUGCACUGAUACCGCUAUACAUAGUUCUGUAGCUUCCACCGAUCAAGCGGCAAGCGCGGAUAAUCUAGCGGCAAAGCAAGCUGCCGAAUCGAUCGCCGAGAGUGUGUUAUCGGUGGCUCGUGCCGAAGCGGUGGUUGCCGUAACUGGUGAGGGUGGAGCAAACUCGACGAGUGAACUUUCAGUCGUGUUGCAUCCUAGACCGGACACAGCGGUUACUAGUGACUUAGCUACUAUUGUUGAAAGUCUCACCCUUAAUACGGACUGUCCCGUUAACAGUACUAGUAAUCGAGCGUCCAGUUCAAAACCAUUUUUUGCUACUAUAAGAGGCAACAAGGCUAGUGGAGGAUUAUUGAGUUUAGAGACCGCUGAGGUUCUGGAUCGUAUGAGAGAAGGAGCUGACAGAUUACGCAACAAUACUAAUAGUUUUCUGAGCGGCGAACUACUUGGUUUAGUUCCUGUUAGAAUCAGCGUUUCCGGCGAGUCUGAUGAAAACUCAUUAAGGAUAAAAUCUGUACCAAGACAUCAUCCUACUGGAAUCGCAGAUGUUGCUAAAGACUGUACUACUCGAGAAAAAGAAGCUAGCUCAUCUACACAAAAUACAACGGGUAGUUGUCCUGUUGUGGUUACCAAUCCCAUGUCGGUAUCUGUACCUAAUCUCGCUUGUUCCGAUGCUAACAAUACCUUGGAAUCAACAGCUGCUACUGGUUUAUUGGAGACUUUUGCUGCAAUGGCUCGAAGACGAACGUUAGGACCUACAGGUGGACAACACCUUGCUUCGAAUUCUAAUACGAGUUCAAAUCCACGAGGACCAAAUUCUGUAUCCAGUCUUGUACGAUUAGCGCUGAGUCCAAAUUUUCCCGGUGGAUUACUUAGCACGGCGCAAAGCUAUCCAAGCUUGACGAGUAGUGGACAGGUAGCUGGUAGUGGUGUCACUACGACAACCGGACCAGGCUUAGGACAAGCGCUGACUAUGUCUCUAACUAGUACAAGUAGUGAUAGCGAGCAGGUCAGUCUUGAAGACUUCUUAGAAUCAUGCGGAGGUGUAGCGACCUCUAGCGCCGGUGGAGGUCGAACUACGGGCGGACCUACGCUUUUAACUGAAUUAGAAGAUGACGAAGAUGGCGUUCUAGAGGAAGAAGAAGAUAACGAAGAAAAUGAUCAAGAAGAAGAAGAUGAAGAGAAUGAAGAGGAAGGUGACGGCUGCGAAGGCGAAUACGAAGAAGUAAUGGUAAGUCGCAAUCUUUUGGCGGCAUUCAUGGAAGAAGAAGCACCACAGAGUAGCAAAAGGCGCGCGUGGGAUGACGAGUUUGUGCUGAAGCGUCAAUUUUCCGCCCUUAUUCCUGCCUUUGAUCCACGUCCCGGUCGGACGAACAUCAAUCAGACAACGGAUUUGGAAGUUCCCCCUCCUGGCAAUGAAGCGCAAGUUAAUAGCCGCAUAGGAACCUUGCCCAUGCCUAGGCUUUCCUUAUCGCUGAAAGGGCCAGGUUUUCCAGGCAUACCGGACAUCGAGAUACCACUUUCAGAUCCGCAUGCUAGUAUUUUUCAAGCGGUCCAGGAAUUGAUGCAAUUAACCGAACUGGGUAGUCGCCAAGAAAAAUUGAAAAGGAUAUGGGAACCUACUUACACCAUAAUAUACAAGGAAGCCAGAGAUGAGGAAUUAUCCGGUAGAGCGACGCCGAUCGUAACAUUAUACUCUCGUAAUGCUACGCAAAACGCAAACGCGUGCACCAUGGAGGAUGUUCUGCAGCUGUUGAGACACGUGUUUGUCUUGACCACCAAUCGAGAUGACGGUACCACUUCGGUAGAACAGGAAGAAUCCAACGAUAGCACGACCUACUGGCUUCAUUCAGACGACUUCACGUCCAAGAAGAUCACGAAUAAGAUCGUGCAGCAGAUUCAGGACCCGUUGGCUCUGGCCGCUGGUGCAUUGCCCAAUUGGUGCGAGGAACUUGCGCGAAGCUGUCCGUUUUUACUGCCUUUCGAAACCAGGCGACUCUAUUUCAGCUGCACUGCCUUCGGUGCUUCGCGGUCCAUCGUCUGGCUGCAGACGCAGCGAGACGCGAUUCUCGAGAGACAGAGAGCACCUGGUUUAAGCCCGCGACGAGACGACAGCCACGAAUUUCGUGUCGGUAGGCUUAAGCAUGAACGAGUCAGUGUACCUAGGGGAGAGAAGUUAUUGGAUUGGGCAGAACAAGUGCUGAAGAUACACGCGAGCCGUAAGAGCAUACUUGAAGUGGCAUUCGUAGGAGAGGAGGGCACCGGUCUCGGGCCGACUUUGGAAUUCUUCGCGUUAGUCGCGGCGGAAUUGCAGCGCAAGGAUCUGGGUCUCUGGCUGUGCGACGACGCCGCCGACGAGGGCGGCGCGCAGAUCAUGGUCGAGGGUCAAACGACCGAGGAGAAAGUCCGGCCCGCGGGAUAUUACGUGACGCGGGGCAGCGGCUUGUUCCCGGCCCCGUUGCCCCAGGACUCGGCGACCUGCGACCGCGCCGUUCGGUACUUCUGGUUCCUGGGCGUCUUCCUAGCGAAGGUCCUCCAGGACAAUAGAUUAGUGGAUCUACCAUUGUCCCGUCCGUUCUUAAAACUGAUGUGUCGCGGUGAUAUCUCGAACAAUGUCAACGAGAAGAUCGGUCUCACCGGCAUCACUCAAGACAGCAUGUCGUCCAGCAUGUCGAGUAGCUUCAUAUCUGAAGAGGGAGAGGCGGACGCCGCUUACUCCUCAUUGGAACCCUGCCCAUGGUAUGCCGGUCUAUUAGACAUCGAGGAUCUCGUCGAGGUGGAUCCUAUAAGAGGAGAAUUUCUGAAGGAGAUACAGAACGCGAUGGCCAAGCGCGACAGAACUUUUUCCGACGACGUGAAUUCCACCGACGGCGAAAAAACGUCGUCGUUGUACAUCACGCAUCCGUCAGGCACCUCGGUGGCGAUCGAGGAUCUGACCUUGACCAUGACGUAUUCACCAAGUUCGAAAGUUUUUCAACACGAUUACGUGGAAUUAGUGAGAGGUGGCUCGGAUGUCGCAGUAACGAUAGAAAACGCGAGAGAAUACACUAAUCUCACCAUCAAUUACUGCCUUAAUCAGGGAAUUUAUAGGCAGCUCGAGGCGUUCAAGUCGGGCUUCUCAAAGGUCUUUCCGAUGGAGAAACUACACGUUUUUAGUCCGGAAGAAAUGCGGGCGAUGCUCUGCGGGGAACAGAAUCCGCAGUGGACGAAGGAAGAUUUGCUCAAUUAUACCGAGCCAAAAUUAGGAUACACGAAAGAAAGCCCUGGUUUCCAAAGAUUCGUCAACGUGCUGUUAUCAUUAACCGGUGCGGAAAGAAAAGCAUUCUUACAAUUUGCUACCGGAUGUUCGGCUCUACCUCCAGGAGGUUUAUGUAAUUUACAUCCAAGAUUAACAGUCGUACGGAAAGUGGAUGCUGGUUCUGGCGGUUAUCCUUCAGUUAACACCUGUGUUCAUUACUUAAAAUUACCAGAGUAUCCUACUGAGGAGAUUUUGAAAGAGAGACUCUUGGCUGCUACCCGAGAACGAGGAUUUCAUUUGAAUUAAAUUUAAUUUUUCUUACUCCCCCCCCCUCCAAUUAAAAUAUUCGCAUUAAAUAAUGCGGAGAAAUAAAAAAAAGUUAUAAUUUAGCGCAUAUUGAUAUACGUGUACGUAGAAAUGAGAGAAAGAGAGAGAAUACGGCCUUUAUUGUAAUUUAAUAAUUUUAUUUUUUUGGUACGAACUAUAAUAUAGUAUAAGUAAACCAGCAACUUUUAGUAAUCAGGGACGGAAUUUGAUUUCUGCAAAAAUACUUGUAUACAUAUAUUAUUCUCCAGAAAUAAUUAUGUACACAUGUUCCCACUAAUCUGCUUUACGGUAACAUCCAUAAUCUGAUGUAAAAUUAUUAACUUGAUACAUCGUGCGAACACUAGUUUUACGCCGAUAUUAUAUAAUAUUGUUAUAACUGAACUAUAGGCAUGAAAACUAGCAUUUUAAAAGAUUAAGUUGACGCUUACUAAUGAAGGAUGUUGCUGUAAGAUAGUAGAUUAGUUAAAAACACAGUUACAAAUAUUGGAUAUAUAUAUAUACCUUCUAAGUCUAUCUGCUUUAUCUAUUCUGUUAUCUUAUAUUCUCUUUAGUUAAAGUUAAAUGUAAAAUAAUUACACAUAUAUUAUAUAUAUUCCUAAAUUGUUUUUAUUUGAGAAAUAUUUAUCGAUUAAUGUAUUGUACUAUUUCAGUAAAUCCGUGAUUACUAAAUA